GACCGAGUCCCUGAUUUUUUUUAUUAUUUUUUCUCAAACCGCUGGACUGGAUGUUGAUUGCGGAUUUUCUUAUGGGUGUGAGGUUGUAACACCCAUCCAACUUGUGAAGGAGUAAGAGAGAUAGUCAGACAAACGCACGAUGAGUCUUGUUGGGCGUGGCAGAAUCGCGCAGACGCCACGUGACUACAUCGCAAAUGGAGGCGGGACUUGGCGGUGGUGUCUUGUGCGCAUUACCACCAGGAAAAGUGGAGGACAGCUAAUACCAGUGAACCUGGCCGGUGCUCUGUCGUCGUGCGCCUCAAUCACGUAGUUUUUCGGCUGAAAUCGGUCAACGACAGGACGCAAAAUACGUUGCAAUAAUCGUUGCAUUCAUCUGAUUGUUGAUAGAGUUGACAGUUCUGAUGAGUCGAAAAUUGGCAGGGCCAAACUGUUUAAUUAUGGAGUGAUGGUCCGAUGAGACAUGGGAACCAGUAUGCUAGUGCCAUCGGAUUUCUCAGCCGUCCAAACGGACGUGAUUUAUCAGAUGAACAAGUACCACGGGGAGCGGGUCCAGAUGAGGAUGGCGCAGAUACAGAAGACAACCCGUGAGGUCUGUAAAGUAGUGCAGAAUGUGCUGAAAGAGGUGGAAGUGCAGGAGCCAAGAUUCAUAUCAUCGUUGACCGAGUGCAAUGGAAGAUACGAGGGACUCGAGGUGAUAUCACCUGGUGAAUUCGAGGUGGUCCUGUAUCUGAAUCAAAUGGGUGUUUUCAAUUUCGUUGAUGAUGGUACCCUGCCGGGUUGCGCUGUUCUCAAGCUGAGCGACGGAAGAAAACGCUCCAUGUCUCUCUGGGUGGAAUUUAUAACGGCCUCUGGUUACCUCAGUGCACGAAAAAUUCGCUCCCGAUUUCAGACACUGGUUGCACAAGCCUGCGACAAAUGUGCCUACAGGGAUACCGUCAAAAUGAUUGCUGAUACGACAGAAGUGAAGUUGCGAAUCCGGGAGAGAUUUGUUGUGCAGAUCACUCCGGCUUUCAAGUGCUCAGGUGUUUGGCCAAGAUCGGCGGCUUAUUGGCCGGCUUCCGGUGGCUCCUGGCCCCAUCCAGGAUUGAUAGCUGAAGUCAAAACUGAAGGAUUUGAUCUGCUAUCGAAGGAGAGCUUGGCCCUGCAGGGGAAGCAAUCCGCGAUGGAAGGAGAUGCCUGGGUGUUGUCCUUCAAAGAAGCUGAGACCCGGCUGCUUCAGGGUGGCUGUCGUAAGCGGUGCCUCAGCAUGCUGAAGACUCUUCGCGAUCGUCAUCUGGAUCUACCUAGCAAUCCCAUCACCAGCUAUCACAUGAAGACUCUUCUUCUGUAUGAGUGCGAAAAGCAUCCACUGGAGAGCGAGUGGGACACGACUUGUCUCGCUAAUCGGAUAAUCGGUAUUUUUCUACAACUCAUAUCGUGCUUACAAUGCCGCCGAUGUCCUCACUACUUUCUGCCAAAUCUCGAUCUCUUCAAGGGAAAGUCACCCAAUGGUUUGGAGGCAGCGGCGAAACAAGUUUGGAGACUGACACGAGAAUUGCUGACCAACAGCCGGGCACUUGAGAAACUCUAGCCAAUAAUUUGACGUAUUGUGUCCAAUCAAUGUUUAUCCUCACUGCUAAGUACUACGCUUACUCAUUCACCAAGAGCUUUUCCCAUUUUUAUUGCCUGAUUGAGUUGAGUUUAAUAUUGUGCAAUGAUUGGAAAUCAAUGUUCGACUGAUAAAUUUUAUCUGAACACGGCUCAAUUUAUUGUGAUUUGUUACUGCAAUUUGAUCUUGUCAAUAACUAUUAUGAAUUUCAUUGGAAAAUUAUAUUUCUAUCGUUGUUGAAUGUACAUAACUUCACUGAUGUAAAAUUUAUUUUGAAAUAUUUAUUUUAUAUUUGAAACUGUUUCCUGCUUCAUAUAUGUAAGAUGUAAAUAAACAUUAUAUUGAC